UUGGCUCUCUGCGCGGCUGGCGUGGGGCUCGCCAUAGCGGCGCAGGCGGCGGGGUGCGGCAGGGCCCUCGUUCCUGGCGGCGCCCACACCGAGCUCCUCCUGGAGGGGCACCCGCCGGGCCAGGCCGGGGUGUAACGCGGCGGCCGCCGCUGCCUGAGGAGGAGCUGCGCAGGCUUUCGCCCCGCCCGGCGCCACCCGCUCCUCCGCAGCCAUGGCCACGUACAAGCCGGUGGCGGUCCCGGCUGUCCCCAGGCUCGGGGAGCGGAUCACGCAGGACACGGUGUACUGGCGGGGCUACAAGACACCUGUUCAGAUAAAGGAGUUUGGUGCGAUAAAUAAGAUUGACUUCUCCCCAGUUCCUCCAUAUAACUAUGCUGUCACAGCCUCCUCAAGGAUCCACAUUUACGGUCGUUAUUCUCAGGAGCCAAUGAAAACAUUUUCUCGCUUCAAAGACGCUGCUUAUUGUGCCACGUAUAGAGAUGAUGGCAAUCUGCUUGUUGCUGGCAGCGAGGAAGGUAGCAUUCACCUCUUUGACGUUAGUGGAAGAGCACCACUGAGACAGUUUGAUGGUCACACUAAACCUGUUCAUGUAGUGGGCUUCCUGUCUGAUAAAUACCGAAUAUUUUCUGGUGGUGAUGAUUAUGCAUCAUAUCUGUGGGAUAUUCCAAGUGGUACAGACAUCGUCUCUUACAGUGAACACACUGACUAUGUGAGAUGCGGCUGUGCAAGUAAAGUGAACGCAGAUGUCUUUAUAACAGGUUCCUAUGAUCACACUGUGAAACUGUUUGAUGCACGAACAAAAAGUAGUGUCAUGACAAUAGAACAUGGUCAGCCUGUGGAGAGUGUGCUUCUGUUUCCUUCUGGUGGGCUUCUAGUAUCUGCAGGAGGUCGAUACGUCAAAGUUUGGGAUGUGCUAAAAGGCGGACAGUUGCUAGUUUCACUUAAAAAUCACCAUAAAACUGUAACUUGUUUAUGCCUUACCAGCUCUGGGCAAAGGUUAUUGUCAGGGUCCCUGGACAGGCAUGUGAAGAUUUACAGUACUACUUCCUACAAAGUAGUCCACAGCUUUAACUAUGCAACAUCUAUCCUCAGUCUUGCAUUGUCGCCUGAAGAUGAAACCAUAGUUGUGGGUAUGACCAAUGGGGUACUAAAUGUUAAACACAGAAAACCUGAAGAGAGGAAAGAAAAGUCUCAAAAGAAAAGACAACCAGCAUAUAGAACCUAUGUGAAAGGAAGAAGUUACAUGCCAAAACAGGAAGAUUUUUGUGUCAGUAAACCUGUAAAACGUGUUUUGAGGAAAUAUGACAAGCUGCUGAAGAGCUUUCAGUCUUCCAAGGCCCUUGAUGCAGUACUGGAGCCACCCAUCAGGCUUUAUACUCCUGAAGUUACUGUUGCAGUCAUGCAGGAGCUGCAUCGCAGAGGAACACUGAGGAGUGCGCUUGCAGGCCGAGAUGAGAAGCAAAUUAAUCUCCUUCUUACCUUUGUGGCAAGGCGUGUGAUUGAGCCUAGAUUUACUUCUGUACUGGUGACUGUUGCAGAUAUGAUCACUGACAUUUAUCAGCCUGUGGUUGGGCAGUCAGCGAUUGUUGAUAGACAAUUCUUGAAACUUCAGGAAGCCAUAGGAAAAGAGAUUGACUAUCAAGAAGAACUACUAGAAGUUUUGGGAAUGAUGGAUACACUGUUUGCUACUUUUACUCAGAAAAGAGCUACUUAUCUAGAAGAGAACAAAAGUAAUGGUCUUGACAGAGGUUAUUGAAACAAGUAGGAGUAAUUGACUGACAACCAUCACAACAAAUUAUCACAAAAAUAAAGCGGACUUGAAAUAUGUAACUUGUUCUCCUGGUAAUUUUUUAUGAUAGCGACUUAGAAAAUAAACUACUUGUGUUGAA